AUGAUAUAUAUGUAUACACUGGGUGCAAAAGGUUGUAAAUUAGAGUGCUUGCCGCAUGAAAGUGUUUGUUUGUUUAUAUAUAUUUAUUUAUAUAUAUACUUUCAAAAAAAAAAAACAAUGGAUGAGUUUUUAUAUUCCAGCCCAUGUUUACACACGGGUUUGGGGUGGAUGGUGGUAUACUUAAGGGAGUUUGAUAUGCGAGGAAUAUUCCUGUCGCUAGUUAUGAGGACAUGUGCGAUAUUUUUCCUGUUGUUGUUGUUGUUGUUGUUUUCCCUUCUUUUUUUUUUCAUUUGUUCCCUCCAUCUCUUCUUCAUCUUUUCUUUUCUUUUCUCAUUUCUUUCCUUCUUCUACUUCUUCAACUCUUUCAUAAUUCUGCUUUUUGAUCUGUUUUUCUUUUUUUUUUUGUUUUGGAAAGAGUCCACUGUGCGUGAAGAAAAAAAAAUUCUCCUUUUUGUCGAAAUUGCUUCUCUUUUUUCUUUUUCUUUUUUCUUUUUUCAUAUUUUAUUGUUAUCAUUAUUAUUAUUGUUGUUGUUGUUUUCAUUAAUUUACCGUAGUUUCUUUCUAUUAUUCCUUCCCUCUUGUAGGGUUGGCUGCUUGGUUUGUGUUUUCUUUUAUCUUAUUUUAUUUUUACUUUAA